AUGAAGUUUUCUCUUAAGCUCCAAGAUACUCAGCACCAGCAACAGCCGCAACAACCACAGCAGAGCAACCAAAUCCACUCACUUCUUUUCAGGGCUAAAAUCCCUGUAACCAUUUUCAAUCUUCCUUUUCUCUCUGGAUUCUCUACAACCACUCAUCACCCUUCUGACCUUUCCCUUUCACUUUCCACCCACUUUCCAUCUGGCCCCACUCUCAAACUCUCCUACUCCACCACCAGCAGCACCACCGCCACCACUGCCUCGACGGCUGCCAACACUUCAACCACCACCCCACCACCACCUCUUACUCUUACUCUUAAAUCAGGCAUAGGCCAAUAUGGCUCCCCAAAAGAAUCCCCCCUUAUUAUCUCUGCUAACUUCUCUUUCUCCCCUAACAAUCCCACUUCUAAUCCUACCUUUUCUAUUCUAUUCAAACCUCGACUGGGCUCUUUCAGUUUGAGAAAAUCCACCUUCUCCAGCACACCUGGUAGCCCAAGUGGGAAGAUUAAUGGGGAAGCUAGUUCAUUUGGGUUUGUUCCGUUGGAGAGGCCAGUAAAUUUGAAGGAUUUUUCUCUGGAAAAUAAUGGUAAAGAUUCAAUCUUUAAGGGAAUUUCAAUGAUGGCAAGGACAGAAAUGCCAUUGGCUAAAAGGGUUUUGAUGACUCUCAGGUGGGGUGUGAAUUUUCCUGAUGAUUUGAGUAAUCAAUUGCCUUAUAUGGCUGUCAAUAAGAUUGGGAUUGAGAGGGUUGAUCAGGUUAAAGAAGUGGAAGGAGGGAAACAGAAGAGAAGUGAGGGAAAUAUUGGUGGUGAUUCGGAAUUGUUGAAAGGAAUGUGCCUUUGGAUGAAGAGGGAAUUGGAUAUGCUGCAGAGGGAGAAUAGAGAAAUGAAGCACAAGUUGGAAGAAAUGAGAUUGGGGCCCUUCGGGAGGAAUGGUGGUAGUAGUGGUGCUCUGGGUGAGACUAACAGGAAGAAAACGAUUCCUGUGGUUGAAGAAUCAAGUGGUUUUGAGCAGUGGAGAAGCAAGAAGCAUGGCGGGGAAGAGAAUUCAAAGAAAGAGGUUAAGAAGAAUGGUAAUAGGUUGAGUGAUGUGGAGAGUGAAUUGGAGAGAGCUAUUAAAGCUGCCUCCUCUUCUUGA